AAGUUGCUAACUGAAAUAAUAUUAUCGAUCGGAAAAAUAAAAUCGUGGUACAAGAGUGUAUAGAUAGAGAAGUCGCACACAUUUCUAUCUACCUAGUUGUUUGUUAUAUAUGUUUACACGUAGCGCUAUAUUGUACAGCUCUCUUUGAGCUAUAAUAGGAUUCGAAAGAAAGCGUACAAUUUAGUACGCUUAUUUUCGAUUCCGAAGUUAGAUCAAGAUUAGAAACGAGCGAAAUUGAAAUAGUCUCGUAGAAUUACACAAUUUGAGUGAACUUUGUGCUAUCGAUGUUGCAGCUUGUAACAGUUAGGGAAGGGUACCAUGCUGCCUGUACGAAGACCAACAGCACAGCGAAACUGCUAUUCGGCAAUGCCAUGCGGUUAUUAUGGAUUGUUGACACCGCGCGCGUUGAUUGUUUAAAAUUGCUAUAAAAAGAGUCUUUAUGCCCGCGCCGAUCCAAGCACAACUCGCAAGCAUUACUUUUAAACAAACUAACCUACAAACGCAAAUGCUAAUGUUUUUCUUUUUGGCUUCUCUUAUUUAAUUGAACCAACCAACGAAUAAUUUCCAUUUGUUUGCUUUUUCGUUUCUUUACUUUGUUGUGUGAUGUGUGCGCGCACCGAAUGGUACUACCUACGAACUGAAGCUUUUGCGUACCAUAUUUUAGUAAUAAACUGUUCACCAUCCAAGACGUAUAAUUUAUUUUACUGUAGUGUGUGCUACACAACGUGGUCGACUGUUUGGACGUGUUAUUGACAUAUUAUUGCGUUUAUUACAUUCACUAGUUGAGGCACUUAAAAACGUCUAUGAGAAAACAUCCAAUACACAAUGGAAUAUCCCGUUGCCUUUACGGAGCAGCAGCUUCUAGCCAAUUUGGCUGAGUUCGUUAAACCACCGAAAGAGAGUUUUUCUUACAUUGAUGUUUUAGAGAAAGAUGAAAAACUAUGCGAAUAUUACCGCCGAAUGCCGGUGCUGUACGACAAGAGCCAUCCGCACUACAAAUUCCAGUCGAAAAAGGAGAAGGCCUGGCGAGAACUAGGCCGCCUGUGCGACAUGAACGUCGAUCAAUGCAAAAAACGCAUGACUUACUUCCGCUGCAGAUUCACUGUUGAACGCCGAAUCAUGAAAAACGGCGUUAAUUGCAGCGAAUGGCCUCUGCUGGAUAAGCUCAAGUUCCUCAAUAAACACAUCAAGAUUCGGAGACCGAGAGCACCAAACGGCGACGUGGAGCCCGAUACAGACGAUGAGUCCAAUCCAUUAAACGUGCUCCGCAAGCGUCAGCUCGAAGACGCCAAGGAUGACCUCCAUGCGUACCUGGACCUGCAGCAAGUGGCGGCAGCAGCUGCCCAAAACUCGCAGGCUCAGCUGCACUACCAAGCGCAGCACGCGAAACUACAGCAACAGUAUCCUCACGCACAACACCAAGGACCGCCAGGGUUCCAUCCCGGCCAAGAUAUGGGUCUGCAUCACCUACAGUCACCUCAUCCAUCCGGCCAGCAGUCACAUGGCGCAAACCUUCACGGGAGUCGAGAUAGUCACCAUUCCGGUCAGUUGGGACCCAACCCAAUGGCAGCAGCACAUGCCUACCGUGCCGGACUCUCGCAGCCUACCCCGGUCGAGUCACCCAUACCUGCUUCCAAUGUCGAAGUGUCCUACAACGUACCAUCAAAGCGCCAACGGCUUAACUUUGACGUGGACGAAGCAGCGUCAGUUACUAACUUCAAUCUUAACCGAACAGUCAAGUACCAAAACAAUCUGGAUCAUGCCGUCAGUCUCGACGAGCACGGUGCUUUCGGGUUAUACGUCGGCGAAAUUCUGCGAAAGCUGCCUGAACGACUUGGUUCGCUGACAUCGCUGAAAGUUAUGCAGCUGCUGCAUGAAGCCCAAAUCCAAUCAUUCGACAUGGCUUCGGCUAACAGUAGCAACGGGAAAAGGGAUGGUUCGACCAAUAGUCCCAAUGGCAGGGAGGAACGUAAAUCGACCGAAAGCAACGAAAGCGCCUCCAAGGAGUAAGCUGCUUAGAACAGAUGCCAUUUUUUAUUUUUUUUAUUAACCACGCCUCGAAACUUGCGUAUUUAUUUUUCUUUAUUUGUAACGUUACAAAAAUACGUUCAAUUUUUUAAUCAGCUCCGCGAACAUGUUUUUUAAAAUGAACAAUGAAGCAUUCAUACAGUAUAAUCAAUAUAUAUAGAAUGCCAGUGUCGCUGCAGUGCGCGUGGUAAACAUCACACUUGUUCAGAUAAUGUAUUUACAGUAUAUAUGCAUAUGUGUGUGUGCCUGAGAUUCAUCAAAAAGGAAUCUCAUUGUCAAACUUUGACAACCAGCUUAAAAUUUCAAAUAUGGCUGCCAAGUAAUGUGAUUGGAAACUUCGCUUGCUGCAAAUUUCUGAAAAAAUCGGUGCAAAAGGGCGCAGUUGUGGGAUUCAAUUCAUCCGGACGAAAAGAAAAAGAACGUUUAAAAACAUUUCACUGGCAUGAAAACACAGCGAUGAGCGCACUGAUGACAGCACCAACGAGCGCACAGAUAAAUAACAAUGAGCAACUUUGACAAUGAAGUUCCCGAUUCACAGACUUGAUACAGAUUGUUAGCAUCAUGUUUACCACAAUGAGUCCCGUAGUAAAACAGCGACACUGGCAUUCUAUAUAUAUUGAUUCUACUAUUCAUACCAUACCAUACUGUACAUGAUGGAAAGAAUUUCUAACUGCUAAGUAUUAGAUUCUUAUCGCCGCAGCCAAAGUGUUGUCGAUAGUAUAUUGAUUUUUAUUGCAAAUUAGUGACAGUAACCUCACACAAAAAAAUCAUAAAUUAAAAGCCAAUAUAUAGAUAAUGUCCAUUUUAUUCCUCAGUUGGAUUUCUAGGUUUAAGGACUUUAGUAAAAAGGAACCAUCAAGUACCGAUUCAACAAAAACUACACAUACAAAGAUUAUAAUAAAAUAACCCUCAUAAAUGUG